GCUAAAACUAAUACUUCGAAUUUAUUACUAUUAUCACAACUCCACAAAUCAAAUAUUUGUCAGUUAACCAGCACAAACACUUUUAUCAUAAUUCGUGGAAUUGGAACCUCUACGAGAAAAUCGCGAUUCACAGAAAAAUUAGCAAAUGGACCCUCACUCUCAGAUUUUAUCCUAGCUUCAGAUUCACAAGAAGUUUUGAGUGUUGAAGAGCCAUUGGAACAGACAAUUACAACAAAAAACACACGUGAAAAGAAGCCACAUCAACGACUACCAGAGUGGCUAAAAACCAAAGUUCCAGCCGGCGCAAAUUAUAAACGAAUAAAGAAUGAUUUACGUGGACUAAAUUUACAUACUGUAUGCGAAGAAGCUCGUUGUCCUAACAUUGACGAUUGCUGGGGCGGUGGUGAACAUCAUACUGCUACCGCCACAAUAAUGUUAAUGGGUGACGAGUGUACACGUGGAUGUCGUUUCUGCUCAGUGAAGACGAGUAGGAGACCACAGCCACUUGAUCCUAAAGAGCCGGAAAAUGUCGCAGACGCAAUUUCUAGCUGGGGAUUGGAUUAUAUUGUGUUGACAUCAGUGGAUAGAGAUGGCAGCCUGAAUGACAUCACCAGAGUCGCAUUAUCAGGUCUGGACGUCUACGCGCACAACGUGGAAACAGUAGAGGCAUUAACGCCGUUUGUUCGCGAUCGUCGUGCCACUUUUCGACAAAGCUUAAAAGUUCUGGAACACGUGAAAUGUGUCAAUCCGAGUUUGGUGACGAAAACUAGUAUCAUGUUGGGUGUGGGUGAGACUGAUGAUGAGGUGUUGGCUACACUUAAAGAACUCCGUAAAAUCGACGUUGACUGCGUUACACUAGGACAAUACAUGCGCCCGACAAAACGACAUAUGAAAGUUCACGAGUAUGUGGCCCCCUCAAAAUUCGAUUACUGGGAGAAAAUUGGAAAUGAAUUGGGGUUCUUGUAUACCGCUUCAGGUCCGCUCGUUCGUAGUAGUUAUAAAGCGGGAGAAUUUUUCAUUGCGAAUAUUUUGAAAAAACGAAGAGGACAGCAGCAACAAUUACCAGAGGUUAUUGGUAUGGAACAGUCACUUGCCCCUACUACGACUAGUUAA